GACCAUUUCCCCCCAUUUUUUUUUGCCCGUUGGCGCUCCGCGCCGGUGAAAGCACGCCAUGGCGCAAGUCGAUGUGAUCACCGUAGAGAAUAGUGAGCAGAGGGACGUGGUGCCCAACGAGACUCAGGGAUGUCUCGACUUAAAAGAGAAGAAGCCAGGAGAAUGCGUAAAAGUAAAUGGGGUCUCCGUCCCAGCGUCGGCUCUGGAAAAGUUUGUGAAUGAGUGGCAAACUUUGAAAGAAGGAGAAACUGCGCCCCCGGCUCCUGCGACGGCGCCGAAUGCACCGAAUGCGUUGUUUCGCGCCUUGCUGGCGGAGGCCAUCGGCACCGGGCUGAUUGUCAUCUUUGGCUGCGGCUCCGUCUGCGCCACACUCUCGGGCGCCUACUCGGGUGUGUGGCAGGUGGCAGCUGUCUGGGGCCUGGGCGUAUCCUUGGCGAUUUACUCUACGGCAGAGGCCAGUGGAGCACAUUUGAACCCUGCCAUCACCUUGGCGUUUCAGUUGGUGCGUCCUUCAGCGCAUCAGAUGACCUGGCUGAAGUCGGCUCAGUAUGUGCUGGCGCAGCUGCUUGGGGCUAUGCUCGCAGGUGCCCUGAACCUGUUGAUCUAUGGCUCCACCAUUGCCGCUUUCGAACGUGAGAAUGGCAUUACUCGGGGCGAGGCAAAGUCCAUUCUUUCGGCCUCAGCAUUUGGAGAAUAUUUUCCCAACCCAGGACUCACGAAAGAGUGGGGAAGCGGUCCCUACGCUCUUGAGGAUGUGUCUGUGCUGGGUGCUUUGCUCACAGAAGCUUGGGGCACCUUUAUUUUGGCCUUCGUGAUUUUUGGCAUCACCAAUGGCGGCAACAAAGUCUUAGGCAGCAUGGAACGAGUUGGGGUGCCUUUCACCAUUGGCAUGACAGUGGCUGUCUUGCUGCCGCUGUAUGCUCCCAUUACACAGGCCGGUUGGAACCCCGCGCGCGACUUUGGGCCUCGCGUUAUUGCAGCCCUGGGCGGCUGGGGUGAAGUGGCCAUUCCAGGGCCUCGCAAUGGAUUUUGGAUUUACAUCGUGGGACCUUGCUUGGGAGCACCCCUGGGCGCCUUCCUCGCCGAGAAGAUCCUGUGGAAAUAAAGCGGCGCCGCCGUCCAACCCCAUGCAAAGUGCAAGCAGGACAUGGGGCCGCUGCCAAAGACCCCUCAGCGCGAAGUGCUUGGGAUUCCAAAAAGGUGGAUGAUGGGUUUUUAAGUCCCGAG